UCCGACGGGCUACGUCUCGGCACCCGGCUUUCCGAGUCGUGCAUCGAGCACGAGGGCCAAAUUGGAAAUUUAAGCUCAAGCGGCAGGCUGCGACUCCGAGUGUUCUCAUGUUGUUCCUACAAUAGCGAAGCAAACUCUACUGUCAGUGGGUGUCGAUGAGUUCCCCGGUGUGCAACGGUAUGUUUUGGGAUUCAAAUGCGAACAUUGCCGAGAAUUUCCUUCAACGCGAGCAUGUCGAAUCAAGUCGAGUCUCCACCUUCGCAUUGGCAUCCAGUUGUUUCUCCUCGAGCUCGACCCUCAUCCCAAAUAUUCUCGUCCAUCCUUCACAUUCUACGCUACCACACUCAGGCUGUCACAACAUCUUUGGCGGCUGCGAGAUGAAUCUCAUCAGGCCGUGCAGCUUCCCUAUCAACAAACUAACUACAAAUACCACGACCAUGACUGUGGGCUACUAUGGCGGGCUGUACCAUUCACAGAGCUCUGAAGAGUUGUUCAUGUGCGCAUCUGGUCUCAAGAUUAUCAUCUCACGAAAUUCGAUACCAAGUCUUCAUUAAGACGUUCGUGCUCACACUCCUGACGUCCACGAGUCUUCAGUUUGAAUUAGGAACGUGAUACCCUACCAACGAUCCUAAGCUUAGCAUGACCUCGGACACUACUUAUACAA